AUGCCCCCGGCGACUGCGCUUGGAGCCCUGGGGCCACUGUUGCUGCCUUUCCUGCUGCUGCUGCUGCCCCGCGGUGCCGGGGGGCUCCGGGAGCACUCGGGCACCGCCUCUGACCACUGGGUGCUGGAGAGCGAGGAGGGCGCGGAGCAGCAGCUGGAGCACUACCACGACCCUUGCAAAGCCGCUGCCUUUUGGGGAGACAUUGCUUUAGAUGAAGAUGACCUGAAGUUAUUUCACAUUGACAAGGUCAGUGACUGGGCCAAGCAGCCAGCGGAGAAAACAAAACAUAGCCCAGGUGGACCUGAAGAACAGCCAUCUGAGAGCUGGCCCAACACUACAGUCAGGAAUACCAGCAUCGAGACAAAGGAUGGUGAGGAGAAUGCCAUGCUUCUGCAAAGCCCUGGAACCUCAAAUACUGGAGCUGAGACCUCUCACCGGGUCCGAAGAGCCACAACCUCAAGGAUAGAGAGGAUCUGGCCUGGAGGGGUCAUCCCCUAUGUCAUUGGAGGGAACUUCACUGGAAGCCAGAGAGCCAUUUUUAAACAGGCCAUGCGUCACUGGGAGAAGCACACCUGUGUGACUUUCACUGAGAGGACUGACGAGGAAAGCUUCAUUGUGUUCAGUUACAGGACCUGCGGCUGUUGCUCCUACGUUGGACGCCGAGGAGGAGGUCCACAGGCCAUAUCCAUUGGGAAAAAUUGCGACAAGUUUGGAAUUGUGGUUCACGAGCUGGGCCAUGUGGUUGGGUUCUGGCAUGAACACACCCGACCGGACAGAGACCAACAUGUCACUAUCAUCAGAGAAAACAUCCAGCCAGGUCAAGAGUAUAAUUUCUUAAAAAUGGAACCUGGGGAAGUCAGCUCUCUGGGAGAGAUGUACGACUUUGACAGCAUCAUGCACUACGCCCGGAACACCUUCUCAAGAGGAGUUUUCCUAGACACCAUCCUCCCCCGUCGUGAUGAAAACGGCAUCAGGCCAGCUAUUGGCCAACGCAUGAGACUCAGCCAGGGAGACAUAGCACAAGCCAAGAAGCUGUACAAAUGCCCAGCGUGUGGAGAGACCUUGCAGAGCAGCACAGGGAACUUCUCCGCACCCGGUUUCCCAAAUGGCUACCCUUCUUACUCCCACUGCGUCUGGAGGAUAUCUGUGACUCCAGGGGAAAAGAUCAUCCUAAACUUCACAUCCAUGGAUUUGUUUAAAAGUCGCCUGUGUUGGUACGAUUACGUGGAAGUCCGGGAUGGUUAUUGGAGAAAAGCCCCUCUCUUGGGUAGGUUUUGUGGAGAUCAAGUCCCGGAGCCCCUCACCUCCACAGACAGCCGGCUGUGGGUGGAGUUCCGCAGAAGCAGCAACAUCCUGGGCAAGGGUUUCUUCGCUUUGUAUGAAGCCACGUGUGGGGGAGACAUUAACAAAGAUGCUGGUCAGAUUCAAUCUCCCAACUACCCAGAUGACUACAGACCUUCCAAGGAAUGUGUCUGGAGGAUCACUGUCUCGGAGGGGUUUCACGUAGGGCUUACCUUCCAAGCUUUUGAGAUUGAAAGGCAUGACAACUGUGCAUAUGACUACCUAGAAAUCCGCGAUGGCCCCACAGAAGAGAGCACCCUGAUUGGCCACUUCUGUGGCUACGAGAAACCGGAGGACGUGAAAUCGAGCUCCAACAGAAUGUGGAUGAAGUUUGUGUCUGAUGGCUCUAUCAAUAAAGCAGGCUUUGCUGCCAAUUUUUUCAAGGAGGUGGACGAGUGCUCCUGGCUAGGUCACGGCGGGUGUGAGCAGCGCUGCGUGAACACCCUGGGCAGCUACAAGUGUGCGUGUGACCCUGGCUACGAGCUGGCUGCAGAUAAGAAGGCCUGUGAAGUGGCCUGUGGCGGUUUCAUUACCAAACUGAAUGGCACCAUCACCAGCCCUGGGUGGCCGAAGGAGUACCCCACAAACAAAAACUGUGUCUGGCAGGUGGUGGCCCCCCUUCAGUACCGGAUUUCCCUGCAGUUUGAAGUAUUUGAGCUGGAAGGCAAUGAUGUCUGUAAGUAUGACUUCGUGGAGGUGCACAGUGGUCUGUCCCCUGAUGCCAGGCUGCAUGGCAAAUUCUGUGGCUCCGAGAUGCCGGAGGUCAUCACCUCACAGAGCAACAACAUGCGUGUGGAAUUCAAGUCCGACAGCACGGUCUCUAAACGCGGCUUCAGGGCCCAUUUCUUUUCAGACAAGGACGAGUGUGCCAAGGACAAUGGCGGAUGCCAGCACGAGUGCAUCAACACGUUCGGAAGCUACCUGUGUCGGUGCAGGAACGGCUACCGGCUCCAUGACAACGGGCUCGACUGUAAGGAGGCGGGCUGCGAGCACAAGAUCAGUAGUGCGGAGGGAACUCUGGUGAGCCCCAACUGGCCAGACAAAUACCCCAGCCGAAGGGAGUGUACCUGGAACAUCUCUUCAACUGCAGGUCACCGGGUGAAACUUACGUUUAAUGAGUUUGAGGUCGAGCAGCACCAGGAGUGUGCCUACGAUCACCUGGAAAUAUACGAUGGCCCUGACAGCUUGGCCCCCGUCCUUGGCCGUUUCUGCGGCAGCAAGAAACCAGCCCCCGUGGUGGCUUCGAGUAGCAGCUUGUUUCUUAGGUUUUACUCGGACGCUUCAGUGCAGAGGAAAGGCUUUCAGGCGGAGCACAGCACAGAGUGUGGGGGCAGACUGAAGGCUGAGGUGCAGACCAAAGAGCUCUACUCCCAUGCCCAGUUUGGGGACAACAACUACCCGAGCCAGGCCCGCUGUGAUUGGGUGAUUGUGGCGGAAGACGGCUAUGGCGUGGAGCUGGUAUUCCAGACCUUUGAAGUCGAGGAGGAAGCCGACUGUGGCUAUGACUACAUGGAGGCCUACGAUGGGUACGACAGCACGGCGCCCAGACUUGGCCGCUUCUGUGGCUCCUGGCCAUUGGAAGAAAUCUACUCUGCAGGAGACUCCCUGAUGAUUCGAUUCCACACGGACGACACCAUCAACAAGAAAGGCUUUCAUGCUCAAUACACUAGCACCAAGUUCCAAGAUGCCCUGCACAUGAAGAAAUGA